UUAUCUUUCAAGUACUUAAAGUCAAAUCUUUAAAAAAAAUCAACUUUGUGAUUAACCGACUGAUUGUAAAAAAUCUUUAGUGCAUAUAAUUAAAUUCUUUUAAAAAUUAGGUGAUAACAAACACAAACCGUUGUCGUUCUCUCUUCUUUUUCAUUGCUUUGGUGUAUUUGGGAACAAAUCCAGUGAGUUGCCAGCCGUUCUCUUCGAUGCCACGGCCGCCACAGGAUGGUUGAAUUUUCAAUAAGUAAUGCUAGAUAUAAUUAUGUGCAUGAUCAGAAGUAUCCCUCUGAAGAUGUUGACAUACACCAUAUAAUUCUGAAGAGGAGUGGUGCAAAAUAUUAUUUUGUGUAUGCCUUAGUACUUCUUGUAUUAGCAUGUGGCUUCUAUAUGUAUGUUUUUGAGGAAAAAUCGAUUAGUCUUGUGUAUUACAGCUUGCUUUUUGACAUACUUCUUGUCAAGUUGUUACUUCGGAAGCCUGUUAAUAAAGAGUCUGUUGUGAUUAUGCCAGCUUUUGGUGUACAGCUCGAGACUCAUUAUAUGAGUGGAAAAGUCAUCCGAUGCUUUGUUCCCAUCGACAAGAUUCUAAAACCUGUUUUAUUAGAAUGUGUGACCCCUGUGACUUGCUACUGGACUCUAUCCUUGAUUGUUCGCGAAGAAUCAGAAAUGGUGUUAGUUUUCAAGAACUUGCGACCGCCUGUUAAAAUGCUGGUCCAUGUCUGGAAGGCUUUGUGUGCUGCAACAGAUAAUAAAGAAGAGACUUGUACACAUACAGAGAGUCACUGAUAUGAUCUCAAGUUGAUAGUUUGGAAUACGACUGAUAGAGCAAGUGCCAACAUAGCAACCCUCUUGAAGUAAGCACAAAAGACAUACAGUCAGACCUGUGCUACAAAUUCUCUCCUUUAUAAAAUGCCUUGGUUCAGUCAUGUUGAAAAGGAUUUUGUAAAAUAUUAAUUGAUGCCUUGUUAUCACACUGCAACUUUAUUGGACGAGUUAUGUGAAGUUUCAAAUCUUCUAGAA